AUGAAGAAGCUAAUACUUGUCUCAGGACUUCUCAUGGCAAAGGCCCUUAAAAGGAUACAUGGAAUUGGGCAUCAUGGCUCAAACCUAACAAAUUUGAGAAGACACCGUCUAAGACAAUCAAGUCUAUCUUCUUCUAAUGUCAAAGAUGGGAACGGUGAUGACAAGGACGGGAAGAAAGAUGGCAAGGACGAGAAGGAUGGAAAUAAAGAUGACAAGAAUGGAAAGAAGGACGAGAAGGAUGGAAAGAAAGAUGGCAAGGACGAGAAGGAUGGAAAGAAAGGUGACAAGGAUGGAAAGAAAGAUGGGAAGGGUGGCAAGGAUGGAAACUCUUCUUCUCUUACUCAUCGCUCUAAACUCUGGAGUGGAAACAAUAGUAGCUCAAUGGAAGAACCAAAAGAAGAUGAUGGCAAAAAGGGAAAGGAUGGAAAGGACGGAAAGGACUCUAAAGAUAAAAAUUCUGGUGCCAGCGAAAAGCCAAAAGACCAAGACAAAGGCGAUGGAAAGGGAAACAAGGGAGGGGAUGAAGGAGGAAAUCCUGAAGAAAAGAAAGGGGGGAAGCCUUCAGAUAAGAAGGAAAAGAAAAAAUCCAAUCUCAUUGAUUCCGAGUUGGUCGAUAGCGAAGGAAGCGAAGAUAAUAUAUCAUCUGCUAGGGAUUGA